AUGCUUGCUAGAGCUCGAGUCGCUGUUGCAUUCGUCCCGCGGUCGCAAACGCAACUCUUCCAGGGUCUCGUCACUGUAACACAGACAAAUGUGACGCGUGGCUUAGUGAAUACACCGCUCUUCAACUCCAGGUCAGCGCGUCAAAGGCAGUCGGUGGCUUGUUCGGAGCCUUGUUCGGCGCUUCAAGUUGCCACAGCUGGACGUCGCUGCUUCGCCACCGAUAAAAGCGACACACCACUGCACUUUGACACGCACAACGUCGUCAAGAGUCUGCAGGACAGAGGCUUCUCGACAGAUCAGUCGGAGGCGAUUCUGCACGUGAUGAAAGACGCCAUGGCCGAUUCGUUGGAGGCCCAAUCGCGCAUUUUGGCUACGAAAUCCGAGCAUGUGGAGCUCAAGGCCGAACUGUCCGAGCGGGUCUUUAACUCCACUCUCAAGUUCGACAUUGCCCAGCGCCACUCGCGAGAGCUGCUGGAGCGCGACUUUAACACGCUGAAGCAGGAUAUCCGCAUGCUCGAAAAGAUCGACUUCGACAAGAUCCGCAUGGAAAUCGCCGAGCUAGAAAAAAAGUUUUUGCUGCAGAAGCAAGCAGAGGACGAAACUCUGAACGAGCUCCGACUGUCGAUGGAGAAAGUAGAGAAGCGCAUGCUCCAGUACGCCGUGGGUUUUGCUGGUACCAUCAUGGCUGUGGGCGCGGCAUUGAUGCGUUUAGUCCUAUAAAACUUCAGACAAAAUGAAGACCAUUUUCCUUCUAC